GCUCGCGGAAAAUUUGUUGUCACUCUCGCUUCGCACCACCAACGACACUAGUCGAGAAUUUUGGUGACGAUUUUGACCAAAAUUCAGAGCAACUGUUGUCCUUCCGGAACGGAAACUAACAUCAGCAACAUCGGGAAGUGGUAUUCGGUCAUCUUCUGUCCGUUGUUUCCCCCCAGCGGAGAUUCUAUGAGGCAGUAUUCCGCAAGGUCCUAGGUUGUAACAAACAGGUCGAAACAAAGCCGUUGUAAAUUUACUGACAUUAGGGGUAGCAGAAAAAAACAAGAUGGUGAAAAGGAAGGCCCAACCACUGAUCGAUUCCGAAAGUAGCAGCGACUCUGAGUCCGGUUCUGAUCUGGAUUCUGAUCUACUGUCCCUGGCGAAGAAGAAAAAAGCUUCUAGAUUGGCCUCGAAUUCGCCCAAAAAUUUAUCUUCAUCUGAGUCAGAGGAUGACUCUGAGAACGAGGCUGCAGCCCCUCGCAGAAAGCGUGGUGCUAAACCUGCUGCAUCCUCGUCAGAAUCCGAGGAGGAUGACGAUGAAGAAGAGGACGAAUCAGACCAGGAGGAGAAACCUGCGGCUACAGCGGUUGCUGCUCGUGGCAAUGCGAAGCGGAAGCAACCGGAAGAGGAGAUCGCACAGGACGACAAGUCGGAACCGGAGGAAGGUCAGGUUUCUUCCGAUGAGAACUCGGGAUCCGGUUCGGGUGACGAUAGUGACGACGAAAGUGGGAGCAGCAGCAGUAGCAGCGAUUCGGAAUUUGAUGACGGUUUCGAUGAGAAUUUGAUGGGUGAUGACGAGGAUCGCGCCAGAUUGAAUGCACUAUCGGAAAAGGAACGAGAAACUGAAAUCUUCAAACGUAUCGAGCGACGAGAUGUGAUGAAGACACGCUGGGAAAUCGAAAGGAAGCUGAAACUCGCCAAGAAAGCUGAACGGGCUAAGGACAAAGAAUCACAACCUCCGAGGAAAAAGAAGAAGAAAGAUAAGAAGAAGAAGCAAAUUCAGCAGAAGGAACAGGAAGAGCUACGGAAAAAAGUGAAAGCACCCUCACCGAAACCGAAGGAGGCAUCGCCUCCCCCGCCAGAAGAGAAGCAGGAGGCCUCUGAGGAUGAAGUGGAAAUGGGCAGUCCACUGUCAUCUCCGGAAAAGAAUAAAGAGAAUGAAUCAGCCUCUGGUGCUUCCGAUUAUUUCGAUCCGAAGGAGCGAUCGAAAGAACGUAAGAAAAAUGUAGAAGCCAAUCGGACGGAUGAUAAACGAAGCAAUGCGAUGGCUAUGCUGAAGGCGAAGCGGGAAGGUAAAGCUAAACGCGAGGAAGAGGAAGCAAAGCGGGAAGCCCAACGUAAAGCUGAAACCGACGAUAAGGACGAGUUGGAAGAUGUUCCCGGUGGAAAAUCAUCUCAGAAACUGAAGGCUUCCGAUAUAUAUUCGGAUGACUCUGGCAGUAGCGAUUCAGAAUCGGAAAAGAAACCUGAACGCCGAUCACGCUCGGGAACCAGUAGUGGAAGCGGGAGCGAUAGUCGUUCCUCCUCGGAUAGUGAAGCUACGGGUGAGUCGAAGGAAAAGAAGAGCACUUCUGGCUCGAGUUCCAGCAAAAAACCGGUAGCCAUCAGUACCCGGGACGAACUCAAUAAAUUGCGGAUCUCAAGGCAUAAAAUCGAACGAUUCAUCAAUCUGCCGAUGUUUGAUCAAACUGUGUUGAAUUGCUUCGUGCGGAUCAACAUAGGAAACAAUAAUGGCAAACCCGUCUAUCGCGUAGCGGAAAUAGUGGGAGUUGUAGAGACAGCCAAAAUUUAUCAGCUUGGAAAAGGUCGUACGAAUAAGGGAUUCCGGCUGAAGCAUGGCAGUCAGGAGCGCGUUUUCCGGUUGGAGUUUAUCUCGAAUCAGGAUUUCACUGACAGCGAGUAUACGAAAUGGCUUAGCGUGUGUGAAGCUAGCGGAACUCCGAUGCCCCAGGUGGAUAUGAUUGAAAAGAAACAAAGAGAUAUUAAGGAAGCAAUAAGCUACGAAUUCAAUGAUUCGGAUAUCGAUAAGAUCAUCGAGGAAAAGAAUCGAUUCCGAGCGCAUCCCACAAAUUAUGCAAUGAAAAAAACCCUCCUAAUGAAGGAAAGGGAUGCCGCCCAGUUACGAGGAGAAGAUGAGCUGGCACGUGAUCUCAACACGCAAAUACAGGAGCUCGAAGAACGCGCCAGUAGCCUGGACAAGAAGCGUAGCAGUAGUAUUAGUUUGAUAUCCUACAUCAACGACCGCAAUCGGAAACGGAACGUUGAGGAUGCCGAGAAGGCCAUUAUGGAGGAAAUCCGUGCGAAUCGAGGUGUUAAAAUCGAGGAUCCCUUCACCAGGCGUCAAACGCAGCCACGGAUGUCCUUUAAAGCGUCAGAAAAACGCGACGAGGAACCCACCAUCCAAAUGGCAGCACCUCCCCCGCCCGGUCAGAAAAAGAAGCCGGACGAAAAACGGGCAUCCUCUAGUUCGGAUAACAAUUUAUACUCGCUGCAUGACUUCGAAAUUGAUUUGGACGUGCCUUUACCAAUAGGCUCGGUCAAUGUGCUUCCGAAACCGGUGGAGAAGCCCGUGAAGGAAUCUGGCCCGAAACGCUCGCUCAAUCUUGAGGACUACAAGAAAAAGCGGGGUUUAAUCUAAAUAGAGUCUAGAAUGGCUUACCAGACAACCGUUUGCUGUUGCUGUCAUGUACUGUUCUAGAGGUAUUAGGAUACAUGUCUUCACGACCGCGUCCACCAAGCCCAGCAUGUUGUAACACAACACUUCGAAGUAUUUCGUUUAGAACAAAUCCUACUCAAUUUUCGCAAAUCACAAUCGAGGGGUUCUCUAUUACUUGCAAUGCUCACAAGUUUGUACAAUUUUUGUUUUUACCUUACAAUGAGUAUGUGUUUGGCCGCUUCAUGUUGACCCCCCGAUGGUAUAAAAAAUACCUCCGUUUUUUCAGUGUUUUCUAUUGUGAUGCAAACAGAUUAAGAGCUGUUCGUAUGGUAAUAGCUGAAAAAUCACAACUAAUUAGCGGAUACACGUAGAAUAUUAAUUGUCUUCUAAUUAUAUUUAUUUUAGUCGUUCUAUUUUACGAUAAAACGGUGAUUACAGUUAUGUAGGAUAAUCAAAUUAGUGCGACAAAGAAACACUGUAUGCGCAUAACUAUAUAACAGAUUAUUACCGAACGAAUAAACAUAACAGGCGAAUUGUUAGAUUCAAACAGAA